CAAUUUGUCAGUACUCGUGGGAGAAUUUGGAAAUAAUAGCAGGUCCAGCGGCUGAGAAACAGCAGGAACUGGGCGCUAGUCAAGCGAGCGAGACAAAAAUAUUUCAAUCACCAUUUCCUUCCAGUAAGGUUUUUAUACAGUUAAAAUAUUAUUUUUGUUUUAUUGCAACGUGUCUGCGGGCCUGCGGGUGAGAAUUAUAUAGAGUAUAUUCCAGCUCCGCCAUUUUGGGAAACUGCCUUUAAAACACAUUAAAUAGUAUCAGAGCAGAGAAAAGUGUUUAUAUGAGAUACAAUGCAUGAUCUGCGUCUUACGCCGAGAAGGCUGUACUGUAUGUGAAACACACCUAGCCCUUUUAUUGAUAAGAAAAUCCGCUCUUAGCCCCGAAACGAGUCUUUAAUAUCCGUAAUACUCGUAAUAAAAAGUAUCUGGGUAAGAGAGCAUGAAAUAAAUAUUAACAGUCUUAAAAACAAACCGAGGGAAUUUGACAACAAUAGACCAGGGGAAAUAGAUUCCAGGCAAUCAACACCCUGUUUUCGCGCUUGAAAUAUAAAUUAAUUUUGUCUUAAUUCAAAAAGUAUUUUCGUGAAAUUAGCUGAUUUAAAUGUUUUGAUCUCUGCGGACACAUAUAACGUGUUUUGCUCCUUUUACAUCGUAUAAAAAGAGCGGCACGAGCGUAUAAACUUUCUUGGAAUAUUUUAUUUUUCAUAAAUCGGCGAUUUGCUUAGUUAAUGUGGCUGGCAGACUGAAUGCCAUCACUUAAUUUUAUACGACCAAGAUGCGCAUAUCGUAAAACGUUUAAUUGCAACAAGUGAUUAUAAUGGCAAGGGAUCCAUGAGGAUAGUGGCCAUUGCAUAUUUACAUUUAUCUCAGUCUAAGUAUCAAUCACGUCAAUAAAAUGCGCGUGAAUUUUAGUCUCCAUUUUUUGCCGAGAGAUUUCAUUGUUGAAUAGGUCUUGAAAGUUUCAGGCGCAGAAUUGUACAGAAUUGGACAACACUGACCUCUAGUGGCAGGGUGCUGCUAUUACAGUAUUGUAUGAUUUUUCUGACCUAUUGUAAUUCUGUUUUAGAUGGAAAUACGGGGGACUUUGUUAAAUGUACACACCUUCCUCUGGUUUUUCUUUAGCUGGAGAAAUGUAUAUAAUAUAUAAAAAUAAUAGUUCAUAUUUAUGCAAUAUGUAUUUGUGUAGAUUGGUUUGUGUUGUCAAAUGUUUAUGUAUCGAACAAUUUUCAAUGUAUGUAUGUGAUACUCCACUUCAGAAAUAAUUAGUGCAUUUUUUUGAGACGUGGAGCUGCCUAACUUAGAUUGUAUAGAUCUGUAUAAAACAUACACCUAAUAUAGCAGGGUUGGGCAGCCUUAUGUGCAAAGGGCCGGUGUGUUUGCGGGUUUUUGGGAUACCCUUUAGGUCAGCUGUUCACACACAGGUGUGAGGACUCUUCAGCCAGUCAGUCCUCUACUUAGUAAACUGAUUAGUGAAAACCCACUCGCACACACAACGGCCCUUCCUGGAUAAGAUUGCCCACCCAUGUAGUAUAGUUUCAAAUGACUGUUUUUAGAAGUAGUUACCCUUUCUCUUUUGUUAGGGCCCAUGUUUGCAGCUCAGGUCUCAGCUACAUUUUGAACCCCGUAGAAGCAGGUAGAGUCGGACAUCUUUUGUUUUGAGUGAACACCUGGUCAUAAACGAAACUUGUCUAAACGAACGUGUGUCAGAUCUCUCUGAUAUGGAAGAAUCGGCCGCCAGACCUGGCUGCCCUGAAUUCGACGUCUACGGAGCCAUGGACUGGACAGACGGAGUCGGAACUCUGCCCGGCAGCGAGCUGAAGUUUCGUGUGAAUGAGUUCGGAGUGUUGGAGGUCAUCACCGAAGAUGCAGAGCCUGAGGGCAUUAAGAAGGCCCACGCCACCACCACCUGGGCCAUCCCUACUGCUCAGGAAGCGUUUUCAGCCUCCACCCCAGGGAAGGAGGGUGGCCCAGAGCUGCCGUGGGCCAAGCCAGGCCUGGUGUGCGUCCGCUGCCACAGAAAGGGCUCCUCCGUGGACUUCCUGGCCGACGGACGACACUGCAGCGAAAGGUGUCUCCGGCAAGACCAGCAGGAGGAAAAGGACACGGGCAGCACCAAUGGGGAGGCGGUCAGUGUGGGACGAAAGCGGUGCCUGGCAUCACGUGGGAUCGCGGCCGAGGAGAUGGAGAUGGCAGCGGACGUCCAGGACGACGAUGAGGACUAUGAAGAGAAAGCAGACAGGAAGACGGCACGAGGGCCGAACAGGGGUCGGCGAAAAAGGAGGGGAGACGCAGACUUACUGAAACACACUGUCCCGUAUGGAGGGAAGAGAAAGGUGUGGUGUUGGGCCUCGUACCUGGAGCGGAUGAAAGCCACUGCUGCCCCCAGCAAACUCUUUAAGGAGCACCAGUCGUUCCCGCAGAAUAAGAACAGCUUCCGCGUUGGAAUGAAGCUGGAGGGUGUGGACCCAGAACACCCUUCCAUGUACUGCGUGCUGACUGUGGCAGAGGUCUCAGGCCACAGAAUCCGACUGCACUUUGAUAAGUAUUCCGACUGCUAUGACUUCUGGGUAUACUCAAAUUCUCCUGACAUUCACCCAGUUGGUUGGUGUGAGAAGACUGGACACAAGCUGAACUCCCCAAAAGGUACGAAGGAGGAGGAGUUCAGCUGGCCAUCUUACAUCAAACUGUGCAAGGCCCAGGCCGCACCCAAAGCCCUGUUUGAGAACCAGAACACGACCGUCACCCCUUCAGGAUUUCGCAUUGGAAUGAAACUGGAGGCCGUCAACAAGAAAACCCCCAGUCUGAUCUGCGUUGCCACAGUAACGGACAUGGUGGAUAGCAGGUUCUUGGUGCACUUCGAUAACUGGGAUGAGAGCUAUGACUACUGGUGUGAUGCCACUAGCCCUUACAUUCACCCAGUCAACUGGUGUCAGAAGAAUGGAAAGCUCCUGACCACGCCUCCAGGUUACCAGAAUGCGAAGGGUUUCUCCUGGGAGAGGUACCUAGAGGACACCAACUCCCUGCCCGCCCCCGCCAGGGCCUUCAAAGCGAAGCCGCCUCACAGCUUCCAGAAGGCCAUGAAGUUGGAGGCAGUGGACAGGAGAAACACAAUGCUCAUCAGGGUCGUCACCGUGGUGGACACCGAAGACCACAGGAUAAAGGUCCACUUUGAUGGCUGGACCGAUGAGUACGAUUACUGGGUGGACGCUGACAGCCCGGACAUCCACCCCGCCGGGUGGUGUGCCAAGACAGGUCACCCCCUCCAGCCCCCCAUUUGCCCCCAGGAGCUGCAGAGUGUCUGCCCCACUCCAGGGUGCAAGGGCAUGGGCCAUAUCAAAGGGGCACGCUACUCCGGCCACCACAGUGCUGUGGGAUGCCCGUAUUCUGACAUCAACAUCAACAAGGACUCGGUGUUGCCCGACCGGCUCAGCGGCGAGAUGCCCGGCUCGAGUUCGGUGGCGGCCCGGCCCAGAAGGGCGGACGGGAGCCCGGACAUGGCGGGCGGCGUGACCGACAAGCCCCAGGCCCCCAGCGAAGCGAAGGACCCAGAGGUGGCCGUCUCCGAGCCCGCGCCCAAGAAGCCCAUCACCAGCGAGCCGAAAAGGAGGGUGGGACGGCCGUGCAAGCAGAGAAAAGUAGAGGAGGUACAGGAGGAAGAGGAAGUUGAGAGCGAAGUGUCCUCCAUAAUGGAAACCAAAGAGCUCACCCUCCAGCAGGCUCUGCACCAGUCAGUCUUUAUGCCCUGCGCCUCGCCCGCCCCCAACGUGCCCCUCUGCUGGGACAAGCACAGCAAGCUGCUGCCCACCGUGGCUGGGAUCACAGCCAGCAAGGUGGCUGAGUGGACCGUCGAGCAGGUGACACAGUUCAUCCAGGGCCUGCCAGGGUGUAAAGAGCAUGUGCGCACAUUCAAGGAAGAGCAAAUCGAUGGAGAGGCAUUUCUGCUGCUGACGCAGGUGGACCUGGUAAAGAUCAUGUGCAUCAAGCUGGGGCCUGCCUUAAAGAUCUACAACUCCAUCCUGAUGUUCAAGACCGCCGAGGACUCUUACAAUGAGCUCUAAUGUGGACGAGAAGCCGGGGCUCAGCCAGGUUUAAAGCACAAACUUCUCUAAGGAAGUUUUAUCUCAUGCAGCCUAAAUGCACAUGAAUUCAAAUCGAUUGCACAGAUUAUUUUUUAUUUUCAAGCGUUUUUUUUUUCUAGAACAAACAGAUCUUUGGGUCCUGAUAACAGCCAUAAUAAGCAUGCGGAGGAUUUCCUAAGAACAUUUCAUGCCACAUCGGUUUUCAAAAUUGUGUUUUAAUUUCGACAUAAAAUAAAUUCAUAACCAUGUCUGCUGAUGAGUUUUGUAAAUAUUAUCAGGGUUACUAGGGUACUUUUCUGAGAACUAUACGUUUAAAAUUUUGGUUUAUUUUGCUAUAAUUUAAUCCAGAAGCAUAGUCAAUCGCUAAGAUCUCUGUCUCACACGAAGUCUCAACAGGUAUAACCAGGCUUAAGCCCUAAAUCAGAGUCUUACUUAGAUAGUGUCUUUCAAAUUAAAGAUUUCAUGUACUGAAUCUAGCUGAACCACUUCUUGUGGACUCCCAGACCAUGCUGUAAGAAGAAAUCAAAAUGUCGUGAUUACCUAGCAGAAUAAAACAAAUGAAGUAAAACGUGAAUUAUUUUGACCAUAACUGCCCCCUCAAUCUGCUUUAGCGCUGUGGAGGGCAAACCUUUACUUAAACGUGUGAAGUAUUAUUUUAUUUUGACUUUCACACUCAUAACACUAGGUUCCAAUAAAUCUUGGCCAAUGCAAAAGUAAGUGAUAAAAAUUUUCUGCUUAAAAGCUUUAAGUAGCUCCAGAAAGCUUUUAAUGCUCUUCCAAGUGACUGCUUUACUUUAGCAAAUGCUGAGAAGACCAUAAUAAGGUCUGUGUUUUAUUUAUGAUUUAUCAACUUCGUAUGUUUACAGAAUCGCAUAAACACAUAAACAGUAAUAUGCAAGUUUCUUUGUCAAGUGUGGUCGAGCGAAACAUUAUGGGAGCAAAACAAGGACAGGAAGGAGAGGUAUUUUCCAGGGUUACAUUUGUAAAGGGUAUACCGUUAUUUAUUUAUUUAACGAUGGUGUUUCCCAGUGCAUCUUGGAUGAAUGCAAUGUGUAUGAAAUUGUGACGUGAACGUAGAAAAAAGCCCUAUUUGUUUCGAUGCCUGUGACGAGUGCGUGCGCUCACUCAAGCCUUUAUUCUGUGACUUAUCGAUACGCAAAUAAACUUGUCAAUUAUUGGUCUUA